UUUUUUUUUUCUUUCACCCAACAAAACAAAACAGAUCUUCCUCUCCCUGCCCAAGCUCCUCAGAAGGUCUCUUCUCUCUUUCUUUCGUUUCUAGGGUUUUGAUAAGAAGGGGAGAAAAGAAAAGAUGUUCGGGCGAGGACCCCCGAAGAAGAGCGACAACACCAAGUUCUACGAGAUCUUAGGUGUCCCCAAGACCGCAUCUCCCGAAGAUCUCAAGAAGGCUUACAAGAAAGCAGCCAUCAAGAACCAUCCCGACAAGGGUGGAGAUCCCGAGAAGUUCAAAGAGCUAGCUCAGGCUUAUGAAGUUCUCAGUGACCCUGAGAAGCGGGAGAUUUAUGAUGAGUACGGAGAGGACGCUCUCAAGGAAGGAAUGGGUGGUGGAGGAGGUGGAGGACAUGAUCCAUUUGACAUCUUCUCAUCCUUCUUUGGCGGGAGUCCCUUUGGAGGUGGAGGUAGCAGCCGGGGAAGGAGGCAGAGGCGUGGCGAAGAUGUUGUUCACCCACUCAAGGUCUCCCUUGAGGAUCUCUAUCUUGGAACUACCAAGAAGCUCUCUCUUUCUAGGAAUGCUCUCUGCUCUAAGUGUAACGGAAAGGGUUCGAAAUCAGGAGCCUCCAUGAAAUGUGGUGGGUGUCAGGGUACAGGUAUGAAGGUGACAAUGAGGCAGCUUGGACCUGGAAUGAUCCAGCAGAUGCAGCACGCUUGUAACGAGUGCAAAGGCACGGGUGAGACCAUCAACGAUCGGGACAGGUGUCCACAAUGCAAAGGAGACAAGGUCGUCCCCGAGAAGAAGGUGCUUGAAGUGAACGUGGAGAAAGGAAUGCUACACAGUCAGAAGAUCACUUUCGAAGGACAAGCUGAUGAAGCGCCUGACACUGUCACUGGGGAUAUAGUCUUCGUCAUUCAGCAGAAAGAGCAUCCAAAGUUCAAAAGAAAGGGAGAAGACCUCUUUGUUGAGCACACACUUUCUCUCACCGAAGCUCUUUGUGGCUUUUCAUUCGUCCUUACCCACUUGGAUGGCAGAAACCUUCUCAUCAAAUCUAAUCCCGGGGAGGUCGUGAAACCUGAUUCAUACAAGGCCAUUAGCGAUGAGGGAAUGCCGAUAUACCAGAGGCCAUUCAUGAAGGGUAAGCUCUACAUCCACUUCACCGUGGAGUUCCCGGACUCGCUGAGCCCUGACCAGACCAAAGCGCUUGAAUCUGUUCUGCCUAAGCCUUCGACUACUCAGCUGAGCGACAUGGAGAUCGAUGAGUGCGAGGAAACUACGCUACACGAUGUCAACAUCGAAGAUGAGAUGAGAAGGAAAGCGCAAGCUCAAAGGGAGGCUUAUGAUGAUGAAGACGACGAUGAUGACCAUCCUGGAGGCGCGCAAAGGGUGCAAUGUGCUCAGCAGUAACCUUAGAGAGAGAGAGACUUUGGUCACAUGGUUUUUGGUUCCUUUUCUUAUUUUCAGCGUAUUAGAGUCUUAUGGAGUUUGGUAUGGUUUAAGACUUCGCCCACUUCGGUGCAAAACCUACUUCGUUCUCAUAAACUGAUUCCGUGUUACAAUUUUGUAUUUUCCAUUUUAAAUUUGUAGUAAUCUCAAUAUAUUGAAGAAGUAUUUUGUGUCUUUA